AUGGAAAGAGGAAAACCCAGCGCUGUACUCCAUCGCAACUUGAAACUUGUACCGCAAAAGGUGAUAGGUGGCAAGGGAUGCUAUGUUAUCCUCGAAGGUGGCCAGAGGCUGCUCGACUCCACGGGAGGUGCUGCCGUUUGCUGCCUAGGACAUGGGAAUGAGAAGGUCAAGGAGGCGAUGAAGAAGCAGAUGGACGAGAUAUCCUAUACGCAUUCUCUUUUCUUCAGCACCAGUGCCUUUGAGGACCUCGCCACCUUUCUCGCCAAAUCCACGGGAGGAAGGCUGCCAAAGGUGUUUAUCGCGAACUCUGGCUCUGAAGCAAUGGAAGCAGCGAUAAAGCUCGCUCGACAGUAUUUCCUAGAGCUCCCAGUCCCUGAAAUACAGAGGACGAGAUUUAUUGCCCGCAAGCAUUCUUUUCAUGGGGUCUCUCUCGGCUCUCUGUCAAUGGGUGGCCAUGUCUUCCGCCGAGAGCUGUUUGAGCCUAUGCUGUUAGGGAAUGUCUCGCAUGUCUCACCAUGUAAUACAUAUCGCGGGAAGGCGGACGGAGAGUCAGAUGAAGAGUAUGUUACCAGGCUAGCUGCAGAGCUGGACGCUGAAUUCAACAGAGUCGGCGCCAGCUCUGUAUGUGCUUUUGUUGCUGAACCGGUCGUAGGUGCAAAUUCUGAUGUCGAACAGGCUCUGGGCUGCGUUCCAGCUGUUGAGGGAUACUUUCGAGCUGUCAAGCAGAUAUGUGACAAGUAUGGGGCCCUUCUGAUCCUGGAUGAAGUUAUGUCUGGGAUGGGUCGAUGCGGGACGCUUCACGCCUGGGAACAAGAGGGCGUUGUCCCCGAUAUCCAAACAGUUGGAAAAGGCCUUGCGGGAGGCUAUGCUGCCGUCUCAGGGGUCCUUAUUGGGAACAGGGUAGUUGACGUCUUAGACAAAGGUACUGGCGCUUUUCGUCAUGGCCAGACAUAUCAGGGCCACCCGGUUGGGUGCGCGGCAGCCCUCGCUGUCCAGAAGAUAAUCCGAGAAGAAAAGCUCCUGGAAAGUGUAAAAGAGAGAGGCAUCUUGCUUGAAGGUCGGUUAAGGGAGUAUCUGGAAGACCAUCCGAAUGUAGGAAAUAUCAGGGGCAAGGGCUUGUUCUGGGGAAUCGAAUUUGUCAAGGAUAAAGCAACCAAGGAGCCAUUUGACCCAAAACUCGCGGUCGGUAUGAUGGUCCAGCAGCUUGCCUUGAGUCCAAAGUACAGCUUUUCGAUCUAUGGAGGUGCCGGUACAAAGGACGGGAUAAGUGGUGACCACGCCCUGCUUGCACCGCCGUACAACUGCACCACAGAGGAGAUUGAAGAGAUUGCAAGGCUCACAGCGGCCGUGGUCGAGGAACUUGAGAAGGGAGUGGUAAUCAAAUUUGAAUGA